UGCUUUGAUCCUUAGUCCAAAAGUCGAGCGUUCGUUCUCGAUCUUACUAGGAAGAUAAAGGAAGCGGAAAGGAUUCUAAGCAUAUCUCGUCAAAGAUGAGAAAGCGGACGACGAGAUCGACAAGAAGAGGGAAGAAAGUAAGGACGGCGAUCCCGACGACCUGACGCUCGUAGCCGAGACGCUCGACGAAGGCUGACGGAUCUGGAGGAGAAUCAGGAGGAAGCCGUGGAGGAACGAAAGAUGAACGAGAGCGAGAUUUAUCUGCUCGAGUGGGAAGAAGAGGCAGAAGCUAGGGAACCUAGCGGCGAACUCAAUAGAAGCUUUUACAACGCUAGUCGUGGCAAUCGCAGCUACGAAGAUUUCUGGGAAUUAGCAAGCGAUCGUGCUGGACUCGCGGUGGUUCUCUUUCUCUUCUCCGUGGCGACAGUUUUCGGUAACAGCCUCGUAAUCCUUGCUGUCAUCAGAGAAAGAUACCUUCACACGGCGACCAAUUAUUUCGUUACGUCGUUGGCCUUUGCCGAUUGCCUCGUAGGCCUGGUCGUCAUGCCAUUCAGCGCGAUUUACGAAGUUCUCGAGAAUCGAUGGCUUUUCACGACCGACUGGUGCGACGUUUGGCGUUCUCUCGACGUACUCUUCUCGACGGCCUCGAUCUUGAACCUCUGCGUGAUCAGUUUGGAUCGUUACUGGGCCAUCACCGAUCCGUUUACCUACCCAAUGAGGAUGAGUAGAAAACGCGCGGCUAUAUUGAUCGCGAUCGUUUGGAUUUGUUCAAGCGCGAUAUCUUUCCCAGCUAUAGCUUGGUGGAGAGCAGUCAGAACGGAGGAAGUACCGGAGGACAAGUGUCCCUUCACCGAACAUCUCGGUUACUUGAUAUUCUCCUCGACGAUUAGCUUUUAUUUACCGCUCUUCGUUAUGGUCUUCACCUAUUAUAGGAUCUAUCGAGCCGCCGUGAUACAAACGAGGAGUCUCAAGUUGGGUACGAAACAAGUGAUGAUGGCCUCCGGCGAGCUGGAACUUACUCUUAGGAUACAUCGUGGUGGUGGUGGUGGUGGUGGUGGUGGUGGUGGUGGCGGCGGCGGCGGCGGCGGUGGCAGUGGCGGCGGCGGCGGUGGUGUUAGCACUGGCGGAGCAAGUACGAACGUGGAUCCGAGGCAUCUCUUUCGUACGGCUUCGAGCACGCCGGAAGAUCUACAAGAUCUCGAGGAACCUCUUACGGCUCUUCACAAUAAUGGAUUAACCAGAGUACCUUCCACGAGGAUCAACAACAAGCAACAUCUCGGCAAAAACUUUUCCUUGUCACGCAAACUCGCUAAAUUUGCGAAGGAAAAGAAAGCCGCGAAGACUCUUGGCAUCGUCAUGGGAGUCUUUAUCGUUUGCUGGUUACCCUUCUUCGUGGUGAAUCUAUGGUCGGGUUUCUGCGCCAGGUGUAUCUGGCAAGAGGAGAUUGUUUCUGCUGCCGUCACGUGGCUCGGUUGGAUCAACAGCGGCAUGAACCCAGUUAUAUACGCUUGCUGGAGCAGGGAUUUUCGGAGAGCUUUCGUACGGAUAUUGUGCGUAUGUUGUCCAAGACGAAUGAGGAGGAGAUAUCAGCCAGCGUUCCGGUGUAAACCUAGUCAGUGCGUUUCCGGAAUGGGAACGAGCGGACAGACAAGUAGCGUUAGUUAUAGCAGCGUUAGUCAAAGCAGCGAUGGUGGUGUCUGCAUGUCUGGAAGUGGUCUACCUAAUACUGGCGGAAUGUGACGUCACCCAGGGGCCCGUUCGGGGCCACGACGAGAAAGAGCGAUACGUUUCCGUGAUGCGUGAUACUUCUGGUCACUCGUAUAGACAGAUCUAAACAUAUACAUAUGUAUAACGUGCGUUAAGGAUCUUACAAAAAAAAAAAAAAGAAAAAAAUGAUCAGCUAGGUGGGACGUACGACGAGGAAAGGGAACAAGAUCUCACUAUGCUGCGUCCGAAAGAUGUACAGCAAAUUGCGUUCAUAUAUAACUAUAGGUAUACAGAUACAUAAAUUAGUAUAUUAACGAUAUAUGCAAAGUUCACAUUAUCUUUUUGAUUAAUACUUUUUCUCCAUUUCACUUUCUCUCGUCUGCUUUAGUUUCUAUAUUUUCCUGCAUCUACUCAACGUAAUAAGUUCAUUCAAAGCUGACAACAGACCAGUUUUAAAUGUCGCGAUAUAAAAAGCAAUGAAAAUAAAAGAAGGUGAGUUAAGGAGACACUCCAAAGGAAAGAACUUUUCGUUUGCUUCUUGCUUUCUUACGUAUUUCUCACCUUUUUCUCUCUAUCUCUCUUUAUCUCCCUUUUUCCUCGAGUAUCGUUAAAUAUUUACGCAGUAGAUAAUUGUUACGCUACGUUUAAAAAUCUUAAGAUCAGUAUUAAAAGCCCAAAGUCGGUAACAUCAGGAAGAAUCAUUCAUUUACAAAUUACGAUCUCUUCGCCGUUCACGAGCGGUUGAAAAAUUCACGAUUAGGUAUAUAUUAUACAUUUCUCUAAAUCUAUAAUGAACAUAAUAAUCAUCAUUGCAUACGCAUUGACACGCAUCUGUAUAUACAAGCAGAUAUAUUCGGAGCGAAUCUAAUACAUAUAAUCAAUAUAAUAUGUAUUAUCGUGUGCUACGUAAUGCACAAUUAGAAAGCAAUUUUUGAUAUCCAAAAAAAAUGAACGGUUCUCUAGAGCUUUGGAUACUUUUUACGUAAAAAAUUUUUGAGACACGCGAUACAAAAGGAAAAAAAAAUAAAAAAAAAAACAAAUAUCUCGACUAUUUUAGUCCAAAGACUCGUAAAUUUUUGUCUCUUUCAUAUCCCUUACAAUUAAACCUUACAAUUAAAAAUGUAAAAAAUGAAACUUCACGUCAGCGAUUUCCGAGACGAGAAAUAAAAGAAAUAUAGAAAAUAAAGUGAGACUUCUUAAUCGAUAAAAUGCAAGACCUACAAAAAUAAUUAGUUUAGAAAUUUAUAAAUAACCAUUUGCUCUACUUGCAUAUCUGAAGUACGUUGCGUUAGAUAUAACGAUUCAUAGAAAUAUUCGGAUGCAAAGGUACGCGUGAAAGUGAGGAUGAAUUCAGGUGAUACCUUAGUAUCCGAAUAUUUUUCUCCGAGUCACUGUAAACGCAUCAGAUCUUUGGAGUGUGUCCUUCGUCGAAUCAUUCCUCUCUAACUCCUGAUUUUACGACUAAUCUUCGUACAUGGUAUAACGUCCGGCAAAAUCUAUGAACGAAAAUCAAAGACGUCAGACGAAAUUAACCGUUUAACUGUUACGGGAUAUAAAGGUAUAAAGCAGGAGAAAUAAUUACUUUGAACGACGUUAUUUAUCUAUUCUAAUUAAAAAAGAAAGAUAUGUAUAUCAUCAAAUGAAGUCCACGAGAUUAAGUUUUGUCGUAAAUUGAUUUCAGGAUUGCGACAAGAAGCAGCUCAUAGAUUUCUCAUUACGUGUUAGGGGAAAAGAAAAAAAGAAAAAAAGAAAAAAUAUUCGAUCAAGAAAAAACUCUAAUCCUAUAAGAGAUUCACGUAUCUCGGAUAAUAUUACACGAAAUAUUUCUAGUCACAUGAAAAAAAGAAUAAAUUAUAAAAGACUGCAACGUGUACCUUUAUAAAUUAUACAAUCAUAAUGCUAUUACAAUUAGUUUUCUUGAAUGUUACAAUCUAUAAUCUCUAUGCAAGUCUGUAAAUACUCCACUAUUUAUUUAAGGUAAAUUGUAAUAGAUCAUUGAAAUGUAUGUAAUAAAUUAUACAUAAAUUAACGCGAAAAUGAUAAGUGGAAGAACUUAACGUGACUGAAAAUUAAUAAAUGAAAUAAAAAGCCAAAAACCACCAAAAAGCACAACCUUCCAUUACAUUUGCUUUAAAACAGACGAUAAAAACAAUUACGAGACAAAACCCAUUCAAAGUCUUCCUCGAUUUGGCAAACUACGGGCGAUUAUAUGUACGUAAUUAUACAAUUUUAUUGCAGAUUAUCCCAUCGGUAUUAUCUUAAAGUUCCUUUUUGUUUUAAGCAGUUAAAAAAAAAAAAUUAAUUUAAUUUUUUCAUUUAAAAUAGAAUUAAUAUAUAUAGAUAUAGAUAUAUAAAAUCACCCGUAUGAAUGUAAUUGCCGAUGUCGUAAUCUUGGAUCAGUAUUGUCGUGCAUUUCAGUUAUUUCGUGUUCAUCGUUAAACAAAAACAACUGUAAACAAUGUUUAUCUAUUUUUCAUAUAUCACCAAAAAUGUGAUCUGAUAACCAGUAUCCAAGUUAUGAAAUCUGACAAAAGCACAAUUAUUAUAAUUACAACUCUUUUACUACUAAAUUAAGAGAAAAAAAAAAUCUAUAUUGCCAUCGACACAAGUAAUAACGUGUCAUUAUUUUCAACUUAAAAAUGUUAACAAUAAAAAACUAAACUAAACUAAACGUUAUACUGUCGUGGUCAACAGAACUGGAAUAAAAGAUCAACUGCUGACAGUUCUGACAAUGUAAAAUUGUAAACAGUCAUAAAUUAUGUACAAUAGAAUACUUUUUACCUUGGAAACCACGGUGUUUCCUUGGCUGUAAAUAUCCUAUAGAUAGUGGGAGGAACGAAAAAUAUUAUAACUUAAAUUUCUAAGCGACUGGCACAUAAUCGAAAAAAAAAAAAAUAGAAUCGCUAUGACUCACGAGCAAGAACCGUGUUGGUAAGACCACUUAAGUACCUCUAAAAGAAAAUGUCUCUAAUAUGCUGUCCUUUAUAAUAAAUACAUAUAUGCAGUUAUUAA